GUGUGUGGUCUAUAUUACCACUUCACUUCAAAUAUCAACAACAGCAUAGAUCAGUUUCCAAACAACACCGCUCACUCUGUGUCUCUCGCUCUGUGUCUGUGUUGAAAAUACAACAUGGAUUGUUUGUCUAUGCAGAUAUCACCGUCUCCUCUUUCUUCCUCUAUUCCUAACCUUCAGGGCUCUGCAUCACAUUUUGGUAGAAAAAUUUCGAACAGAUCUUUGAAUCAUCAGUUGCUGUCCUCUCCAUUUCCUAAACCGUUUCUUCAACUUGAUGACAGACCACAGUCUUUUGUUUACCGACAAAGUUUAGCUUCUCUCUCUUCAAGGACUAAAAGAGGACCAAUCUCUGCAGAAGCUGGAAAGCAGAGUUGGGACUUUGGCAGAUUUUUUAGAACUAUAUAUUUUUUCAAUGGACCCCCAUCUCCUGCUAAGUUCUUUGAAUCUCUGAUUGAGAAAUUAUCCAGUCCAUCACCUAGUAAACCAGUAAACAACAUGGAUAACUCUGGUAUUGUCCUGGUAGCUGGAGCUACUGGUGGUGUGGGUAGAAGAGUGGUCGACAUCUUACGGAAGAAGGGAUUGCCAGUCCGAGUAUUGGUCAGAAAUGAAGAGAAGGCAAGAAAGAUGUUGGGCCCAGAUAUUGACUUGAUUGUUGGAGACAUCACUAAGGAGAGCACUUUGGUCCCUGAAUAUUUCAAAGGAGUGAGGAAAGUUAUUAAUGCUGUUUCUGUCAUUGUUGGGCCAAAGGAAGGGGACACUCCUGAUAGGGCAAAAUAUAGCCAAGGGAUCAAGUUCUUUGAACCGGAGAUAAAAGGUGAUUCACCUGAAAAGGUGGAAUACAUUGGGAUGAAGAAUUUAAUCAAUGCUGUAAAAGGAAGUGUUGGACUUCGAAAUGGAAAACUACUAUUUGGAUUUGAAGAUAAUAAUUCUAGAGAGCUUGCUUGGGGUGCUUUAGAUGACGUUGUUAUGGGAGGAGUUAGUGAAAGCACAUUUCAAAUUGACCGAAGAGGCAGUGAAAUUGGUGGCCCAACUGGGGUUUUCAAAGGUGUUGUUUCCACUGCAAACAAUGGUGGCUUUACUAGUAUCAGAACAAAGAAUUUUUCAGUUCCAGAGGAUCUUUCUGCAUAUGAUGGUUUGGAGCUUCGCCUUAAAGGUGAUGGUCGCAAGUAUAAACUUAUCAUUCGCACUAGCAGUGAUUGGGACACUGUCGGUUAUACAGCCAGCUUUGACACUGUAGCAGGCCAAUGGCAGUCAAUACGCUUGCCAUUUUCUUCUUUGAGGCCUAUAUUUCGAGCACGAACAGUAUCAGAUGCCCCACCCUUCGACCCGACAAAUGUUCUAUCAUUGCAGCUUAUGUUCAGCAAGUUUGAAUAUGAUGGGAAAUUGAAUCCUACUUUUGUGGAAGGUGCAUUUGAGCUUCCACUAUCAAGCAUCCGGACAUACAUAAAGGAUCCUAUACGUCCGAGGUUUGUACAUGUGGGCUCAGCCGGAGUUACCCGUCCUGACAGGCCUGGACUUGAUCUGAACAAACAACCACCUGCUGUUCGCUUGAACAAGGAAUUGGGUUUUAUUCUCACAUUCAAGUUAAAGGGGGAGGAUUUAUUACGAGAAAGCGGAAUACCAUAUGCAAUCGUUAGGCCAUGUGCAUUAACUGAGGAGCCUGCCGGAGCAGAUCUCAUUUUCGAGCAGGGAGACAAUAUAACGGGUAAGAUAUCAAGAGAAGAGAUUGCUCGUAUAUGUGUUGCUGCUUUGGAAAGCACAUAUGCUUGUGACAAGACAUUUGAGGUUAAAAGUGUGAUUCCAUUUAGUGAGCCUUUUACAGUGGACCCUGAAAACCCACCUCCAGAGAAGGACUACGACAUAUACUUUAAAACUCUGAAGGAUGGAAUUACAGGGAAAGAAAUUCUAGAACAAAGUCCUGUUCCAGUCUGAUGCCAUAAGCUUAUCCAAUUUUGAAAAUAGCCAUGUGUAUUCAUCCCUUGAAAGCACAGAGCAGAAGCUUCAAAAGAAACAUACGAGCAUGGAAGAAAGGAAAUAUAACAUAAUUCAGCUCUGCGUUCAAACAAUGUCUCAGUAUAGAUAAUUUAUAUGAGAUAGUUGAAAAUACCAACUCACAUUGGAAGGGUUUACUUCAUAAUUGUACAUUCUUGUGUGUAUGAAUACUUAUGCUAAUUAAGAAGACAAUUAAAUGAAAGCGAACAUGUUUUUCAUUUAUUCUUUUAAUAGCAAUAUCAAGACUGUUUACA